UGCACUGUGCAGACAACCUAUGAUGCCAACCAGGGGCGGACUGACCAUUUGGAAACUCGGGCACUGCCCGAGGGCCCGGGGUCAGUAGGGGGCCCCAUGAGAUGCCCCUGGUACCUUUUUCAUAGGCUUGUUGAGUUUGGGCAAGGACACAGGGGCCCCAUGAUCCCCGAUUUCCCGGGGGCCCCAUGAGUUGUCAGUCCGCCCCUGAUGCCAACCCUAUCUAAUAAACGUUUUUGGAGCAGAACAGUAGCACAGAGCCCAUAGCUACCUCACCUAUA